AUGGUUGCACAGGAGAAGGCGACACAGCAGUACGCAGGGACUGCGCAGGGCCGCCACGAUCCAACAGAGAGCUACGAGAUGGAUUUACGAGUUUGGUUAGAACGUCCCACGCAAGUUGUGAAUUGGCAAGUCAAAGACUCGUCGUCCAAGAGCCU